CUAGUCAUACGGCACGGCUACUGUUAAAUUUGCUCCUGUAACUUUUUUCUUGUGACAAUAUACAAAUUACAAAUAUAGAUGGCUGUUUCUAAAAUACCAACAUUUAGGAUGGGUUGAAGUUAAAAGCUGGUAGUUCCCCCCCAACAGCAAGUGGAGACCCAAAAUACCAUUUCUACCUCACCUAUUUAUUCAUUCUACCAGCCUUUUCCACAACUUCAACAUUUUAUAAAAAUUCUACACUACAUUAUGAAUGCAGGAAAAAAUUGCCGUCAUUGUCUGGACAUUGCCAUAUUUUUAUAAAUAUAAUAGGACGACUAUUUUUUACAAAAAAAAAAGCUCAGACUGCCACAUCUCAGGAUAAACUGCGCUUUCUGCCAUCUUUAACAUUGGUGACCAUCUUACCAGACAACAUUGAAUACCCUAGUGCCUUUCUUAUCAUUUUCAUUCCAUGAAAACUCAUUCCCAUCUCGGUUGUUUUCAUAUCAUCGUCAGCAAUUGAGAACAACUAUGAAGCCUUUAUAAAGAAAAGAAAUUUAGUAUGCAAUUUUAUUCAUCAUCAUCUUCAGUUCUUCCAAGAAAGUAAUAAGAAGAAAGUAUUUGAAAAAGUAAAAUUUUUCGAGACACUUGCAAUUAUUUUUAUUCAAAGUACAAGCAGCUUUUAUUGUAACUUGCUGAUCUCCGGUGCCAAAAUAUUUGUAAUACUCCUUAUUAGACAAGAUCUGAUGUAAUUGAAGAUCUUCAGUCUUUACAAAGUUAGAGCCAGUUCAUCUACUGAAUGUCAAUGCUGAUUGUCUAAUGAAUGGAGCCGCUAUUUAAAGAUUCGUUAAUGAAUAGGAGGAACCUAGUGUGUGUGUGUUAACACAGCAAGCACAGCACACAUAAAGAGUUGGUGCCUGUGCUUGUGAUGAACCAAGGCCUGGCCAUGUCGCUGUCCAGAGUGCGCUUUGACGCUGGGAUGUGCGUCACCUGUGGCCAACUGCAUGAAGCUCAUGGGACCCACCUGUAUGACUACCAUCAACAGGUGGACGAGGACCUGAUGUGUCAGAUAUGCCUGCAGCCUCUAGUCACCCCUGUGGACACGCUGUGUGGGCACACGUUCUGCAGCAGGUGUAUCCACAACUACCUAGCAUUACAACAACAGUGCCCCAUUGACCGCAAAGUAUUAACCCUCUCUGACUGUCAGCCGUCAAGUAUUUUAGUUCGUAGGUUGUUGGACAAGUUGCUGGUGGUGUGUCCAAAUGUAGACUACUGUGAAGAGGUGCUGACCAGGUGUGAAUUGGAGGCCCAUUUACUUCAUAGGUGUCGGGGUGCAGUAACGCGGUGCAUCAAGUCCAGUCUAGGGUGCUCGUUCCAGGGUCCCAGGAGUGCUCUACAGUCCCACCUCUGGGAAUGUCCUUACAGGGAUCAAAAUGCUGGUAAAAACCCAGUGACUGAGGGUGAGGUGUCCACUAUAGAAGUUCAGAGAAAGGAGGGAGAAAAUUUGGGAGUGGCUGUUGUUGGAGGCUGUGACACCCCAUUGGUGUGUACAGUGAUACAAGAGGUGUUUGCUGAUGGUGCUGUGUCUCAUGAUGGCCGCCUUAUAGCAGGGGACCAGAUUCUAGAGGUGAACGGUGAGGAUCUAACCCAGGCCACCCACCACCAAGCCGUGGCCAUCCUGGCCCAGUUUUUUCCUGUCUGUCGGCUCACAGUUUACAGGGAGAGGGCUGAGGAAAGUCGGCCCAUUGAAAAAGAAGAGAUUCUAAAGAUAACUCUGUCAAAAGUGAAAGGGAAACCACUGGGCAUCAAGUUAGUUGGCAAAAGAAAUGGCCCAGGGGUCUACAUCCUAACACUGAUACCUGGCUCACUUGCUUCUUGUGACGGGAGACUCAAGAUGGAUGAUCGGGUUCUAGAAAUCAAUGGCCAAGAUGUGUCUUAUGGAACCCAGGAACAGGCCGCUUCCAUUAUUGUGGCCAGCCAGCCGCGUGUCCAGUUUGUGGUGGCCAGAAAGUCCAGGCCGCAGACGCCGGACAUUAUCAGAUCAGCGGCGGAGCACAACAAGUACGCAGCCUUCACGGAUGACCACGAGAAGCCUGUCUCACCCCUGUGUUACACCUGCAAGGAGAAGAUUGUCACUAUUAACAAGGACCCCACAGAAACAUUAGGGGUCAGUAUCGCAGGUGGUCUGGCCAGCCAUAGAGGUGACAUACCUGUCUACAUCACCAACAUUAAUCUGGAUGGCUGUGUAGGUCGCACUAAUGUGCUCAAGAAGGGGGAUGUCCUAGUGUCCAUCAACAACACAAGCCUUCUAAACAUGACACACCUGGAGAGUGUCAAGCAGAUCAGGGCAAGUUCAGAGGUCAAGGUUCUCACUCUCAGGGUCAUUGACUCAAGGGAAACAACUCAGGGAGACCACAAUUUUACACCAUCUUGGAUCUACUGGCUUCAGAUGCCACAGUCUGUCCGUCUAGUCAAAACUAUCACACUGCUGAGAUCACCUGCUGGGAGUCUAGGCUUCUCCAUUGUAGGGGGCGCUGAUUGCAGCCAUGGUUGUCUGCCCAUUUUUGUCAAGUCUGUGGUCCCAGAUACUCCUGCAUCCAAAGAUGGCAGAUUGAAGUGCGGAGACAUCCUGCUGUCAGUCAAUGAACACAACCUACGAACCAUCAGCCACGCGGCCGCUGUCGAGAUACUCAAACAUAUAGAUGGUGCUGUCACCCUCUCUGUGGUCUCCUGGCCAGGCACUGUGGUUUGACAUGAACUAAGCUGCCUGAGUGGGUGUUUGAAUUAAAUUAUUUCCCUUGCCUGAUAUUUCCACACAGCUGUCUUAACAUGUAUAAAAAGGGGAGUCAACCUUGGCUUUAAUUUAACAAAAUGUAUUUUUGUAUGUAGCACUAAUUUAAACUUAUAACUGCUCAAGUUGAUAUACACUGUAUUAUAUGUUGUUAGCAUUUGAUACAUAGUCAAAAUGUCAAGUGUUACAUAUGUUUAUAAUACAUUUUAUUUUAAAUUUAGAAUGUCAAAUUUUUAUUUUAAGAUAAUGGUCAUUGCAUUCUCUUGUUUAAAAAAAAAAUUAACUUUACCUAAUUUACUUUGGCUGAAUGUUUAUGAAGUGUAAAUCUAGUUUAUUUCUAUUCAAUGUUGUUGCUAUUUUGCUACACAUAAUAAUUUGAUGUAAAUAAAAAUGGGUUUCAGUUUACGUAAAGUAUAAUUGAAAAAAAGUAGGAUUAUAAUUACAAGAAAAAAUCAUUUAUUACGCAAACAGAAGUCUGCUUAGCUGUGAUUGGCUCAAAACACGACAUAGUAGAAGAUAGCUGUGAUGUUUUAUACACUAAGAGAAACAACAUAGCGAGGUCUGUAUUUAUUCAGAUUUUUGUCUUACAGGAGUUGGUUUUUUUUACCACAAGUCAAAACAAUCUUACAAAAAAUUAUUUUAAGUGUGGCCUUUUCAAUUGUUUUGUGUAAGAUUACAUUUUAAAUUUUAUUCCUAAUUUUUUUUUUUAUUUAAAACUUUUAUUUACACCUGUUAGCACAACUUCUGAAGGUUUAGUACAAUAUUUUAAGUUUUGGUACAAUAUCUGAAGGUUUUUAGUAUUAUGUAAGAGAGAAAUACAAUUUAAAAUGUUAGAAAAAUAUCAAGAAGUCUGUUAAUUUUAUAAAAGAGAAAACUACAGUUUAAUGUGUUUAAAAAAAUAUCUAAGGGUUAUUAGCGUUGUCAAACAAGAGGAAAGCCGACUAUUUUAGAAAAAUAGUUGAUAUUUUUUAUAAAAGUUUAUUGUAACAGAAUAUAACUUGAUAUAUAUACAGAUUUAAUACAUAUUCUAAAUAGAUAAAAUAGUUCAGUUGCAGAAAAAUAGCUCAUAUUUUUAUUUAAAAAAUUGCAUACAAAUUUUAAAAAUUAUUUUGUUUUAUUAUACAUUAUUUUGAAUAAUUUAUAUUUAUAGAGAUAUAUAACUGAACACAGUAAAGAAAUUUCUAAUAUUUUUAGAUUAACUAGACACAUUCUUAAAACAAUAACUUAAGUCAUAUCACCAAAAUGUUUACAUUACAGGCACAGAGUGAGACAAUAGCCUACAGUAUUACCUGAACUUUAUAAUUUACAAUCUAAAAAUUGAAAUCGCUUAACGUCUCAGCAACAUAUUUAAUUAAAUAUUAACAGAAUUAAAAUGUGUAGUCAUUGUGAUUGCUCAAAUCUAUGUUUGCUUUUUUCUUUGAGCCAUUUGUAGUCAGUAUUUGAUAAAAUCUAGUCGCCCUGAAUCCUAGAGAGUAAUUUAGCCUUGUAUAGUCAUCAGGCAGUUCAAGCUUAUCUCAUGCAAUCAUUGA